ACGGGGAGGGGAGCGCGCGCUAAGGAGGACCGAGUCCCGGGCGAUCGCAGGAAACCCAGGCGCGGGGUAGUCGGACCCAGGGCAACUUCUGCCCACGGUCCCGAGUGGUUCUGGGCCCGGCCCACGGCGUUACGGGCGCGCGCGGUGGCGUUCCCACGCACACUUGGUGACCCGGGUGCCGGGGAAGGAUCGCGCGUGCAAGAGGUGGACGCUCGGUGUGUGGUGUGUCCACGUGUGCAAGCUCGGGGAGGGCAGGGGGCGCAGAAGGCGCGACAAAGACAGACUUGGUAUCUGAGCGUGCGCCUCGCUCUAGUCCGGAGCGGCGAACUGUGCCCCGCGUGUGUCUCACGGGAGAGCCAGGACGAAGGUGACAAAGACUAGGUGUCCGCCCCGGAGAGACGCACCAAGGUGGCCCCCGCGCGCGUUUGUGUGCGCGCGCGCUGGGACUUGCGGAGAAGGAGAGCCCGCCCGCGAAUUGUGUUGGGCUGCACCCCAAAUCGCUUUCCGGAGAGAAAACCGAGUCCCGAAAGUAAGUGCGCGUGAGUGUGCGCGCGCCCGCGUGCGGGGGCGUGGCAGUAAACAGCAGCAACCCACAAGCCGGCUUGGCCAGAAACUCCGAUCUCCCUCCCCUGCCGGAAAGUGCGUCUAGUCGGAGCCUGGAGGGACCCAGCUGGGGCCUGGCCUGGGAGCCAGCAUGGCCAUCCAGAAAGCGGUGCUGAUGUGCCUGGGACUGCCUCUCUUCCUACUCCCAGGGGCCCAGGCCCAGAACCACGCCCCAUCUGGCUGCAGCCCGGACCUCAGCCCCCUCUAUUACAACCUGUGUGACCGCUCUGGGGCUUGGGGCAUCAUCUUGGAGGCAGUGGCGGGGGCGGGCAUCGUCACCACUUUUGUCCUCACCAUCAUCCUCGUGGCCAGCCUCCCCUUCGUGCAGGACACCAAGAAGCGGAGCCUGCUGGGGACCCAGGUGUUCUUCCUGCUGGGGACCCUGGGCCUCUUCUGCCUCGUCUUUGCCUGCGUGGUGAAGCCUGACUUCUCCACCUGUGCCUCUCGGCGCUUCCUCUUUGGGGUCCUGUUCGCCAUCUGCUUCUCCUGCCUAGUGGCCCACGUGAUAGCCCUCAACUUCCUGGUCCGGAAGAACCACGGGCCCCGGGGCUGGGUGGUCUUCAUCGUGGCCCUGCUGCUGAGCCUCGUGGAGGUGAUCAUCAACACGGAGUGGUUGAUCAUCACGCUGGUGCGGGGAGGGGGCGGCGAGGGUGGCCCUCCGGCCAAUGGCAGUGCCGGCUGGGCCACCGCCUCCCCCUGUGCCAUCGCCAACGCGGACUUUGUCAUGGCGCUGAUCUACGUCAUGCUGCUGCUGUUCUGCGCCUUUACUGGGGCCUGGCCCGCCCUGUGCGGCCGCUUCAAGCGCUGGCGGAAGCACGGGGUCUUCGUGCUGCUCACCACGGCCGCCUCCAUCGCCAUCUGGGUGGCAUGGGUCGUCAUGUACACCUACGGCAACCAGCAGCGCAAGAGCCCCACGUGGGAUGACCCCACGCUGGCCAUCACCCUCGCCGCCAAUGCCUGGGCCUUUGUGCUCUUCUAUGUCAUCCCUGAGGUCUCCCAGGUGACCAAGGCCAGCCCGGAGCAGAGCUACCAGGGGGACCUGUACCCCACCCGGGGCGUGGGCUACGAGACCAUCCUGAAAGAGCAGAAGGGCCAGAGCAUGUUUGUGGAAAACAAGGCAUUUUCCAUGGACGAGCCAGCCUCAGCUAAGAGACCAGUGUCACCGUACAGCGGGUACAACGGGCAGCUGCUGACCGGUGUGUACCAGCCCACCGAGAUGACCCUGAUGCACAAAGCCCCGUCUGAAGGAGCUUACGACGUCAUCCUUCCGCGGGCCACUGCUAACAGCCAGGUGAUGGGCAGUGCCAACUCCACCCUGCGGGCAGAAGACGUCUACGCAGCCCAGAGCCACCAGGAUGCCACCCUGCCGAAGGAAGGCAAGAACUCUCAGGCUCAGUCCCCGAAAAAUAAUACAAGAUGGUAGACGCCCUCUUCCCUGGACCGCACGUCGUUCUGCUGUCCUCAUUCCUCUGUGUCCAGGCUGGGCAGGGCCCUUGUCACUGGAGCGGGAAGGGCCCGGAGGCCACCGAUCUGGAGCAGUGGAGUCAGGGGCCGUGUGAAACCCUGGGGCACGUGGCUGGGGCUAUGGGCCACCCCCACCCCCUGCCCCCGCAAUUCCUGCCCAGCCCAGCCUCUCCUGGUCCCCAAGUGACCUGAGACCACAGGAGCGGUCUGCAGACACCCAGCCUCCCUCUGGACGCCCUCCCCCAACAUCACAGCCCCUGUUCCCCCCUGCUGUGGGUCUCCAGAUGGCCAUCUUUCCCGGCCAUCUUUCGGUUCCAGCCUCAGCCUGUCCCACCCUGCUCCAAGGCGAAGCCAAACCAUGGCGAAGCUGGCCCUUGCCCUUCUCACCAGCUCCUCCUGCCACCACCUGGACGGUGGAAGGCCACUGAGCUGGGCAAAGCUCACUCGAGACCUGGACAGAUCGUGCCUCUCUUCCUGGCCUGUGGGUCCUGGAUCUGAGCCCCUCUGCAUCACCACCUGAUACCUUCACUGAACCAGGUCCCAUCAAGACACAAAGUAGGGGGUAGGACUGCAUUCUCAGGGGUCAAUUGAGAGUCCUGGGCCAGAUGGACCGGGGUCUAGGCCUCUCCCAGGACUGAGACUUGUGGGACUCGGGGCAGCCCCUUCGAUAAGUGGUGUCCAGGACUGAAGAUUGUGCCAUUUCCUGACGGGCAGAUGGCUAGGUUUCUGCCUCACCUUGGGCACCUUGACAGUGCUGGUGCCGCUGUCAUCACCCAUGACAUGCUCCACCAGGUCCUGAUGGCCACCAAGGGAAGUGGGGGCAUCCUGGCGACCUGCACGAGGCUGGCACCAACAAAGAUGUGCACUCGGCUCCAGACUUGUGGGAACGAGAUCUCUGGAGUGUCUCCUUGGCCUCCUGCCCCUGGGUACCGGAGCUGGCUCAUCCAAGGGGCUCAAGCCAGGUGUGUCCCCGGAGCUCACCUCUGCCUACUGAGACGAGAGAGGAUGAGCACAGCGCAGGUGCUGACCCCAUAGGCGGCCCCACAGCCCUCACCCCCACCCCAGCGCCACGCCCUGCCCCCAGCACCUGUGCCUUUGUCGCCAGUGUAUUUCUCCAAGGCUAAGUUGGGUGAACAGGCCCUGCAGAGACUGAUGGAAGGGGAGGGGGGAGCUCUGAGUGCCCCGGACUCCUUGUGAUCUAGGUUAGUAGCCCCAAAUCCCUCACAGUGAAUAAAGGCUCUAUCUCGCUUUU